AUGCCAAAAAUUAAAAAUCUAGAUGAUUUCAUAGAAUUAUCAACUGAUUUACUACAACAUUUCCCAUCCACAACAACAUUAUCAAUAACAUAUUCAAAUACAUCCAAAAAACCGAAAAAUCAAAAACCAUCAAAAAAACCCACCACCCAAACCAAUAAAGCUACAAAUGAAGUCAAUAUAAAAUUAUAUGAACCACAUCAAGGUAAACUUUUGAAAUUCAAAACCAAAAAACAAAAAGAAUUAAGUAAAAUUUUAAAUAUUUUAGGACCUCAAGGUUUAAGUAAUCAAUUAGGUUUAACUAGUUUAAUGACAAAUGUAAAAUAUAUUGAACCUGAAGUUUCUGUUGUGGAUGAUUCAAUAAUUAGUGAAGAUGUGAAAAAUUCAAGUGUAAUUACUAGUAAAGAAGGUACUCCAUUAGUGGAAGAAAAUAAAACUACCGCAUCAUCAUCAAAGAAGAAGAAUAAAAAGAAGAAAAAGAAAAACUAG